AAGCUGUUUGUCAAUCAAACUUUAUUUUGAAGGUUAUGACCGGAAGCCGAGUUCUACUUCUAGCACUCUUUACACCGGAUCCUUCUGUGUGUAGUGUACAGCUAGCGGAUGUGAUAACAUCUACUUUACAUAUUUGUUUAGCUCAGAGUUAACGCUGUUUUACUGUUUUGGCUGAAGAAAAUGAAAACCUGUUACUUGUGAUAUAGCUGCGACAUUCAGGUUGAGUUUAACUAGCUACAAUAAUACAACACUCACUGAAAGGACUGGAUGAGAUAGCGGUUAUCUGCUAACAUAGCUAACUUCAAUUGAUUUGCACAACAUAGUUCUGUACAAACCGGUUCUCCUCUAAUGACAAGCAGAUAACAACACACAAGUUGUCCUUGGGAUACCACAAAACAGAGCUUGCACUCUAUUUCUGUGCCUUGCUUUUUCUAGAUGAGUGAACACACUGCUCCACUGAGGGUGUUGGUGACAGGAGGGUCCGGCUUGGUGGGCAGUGCCAUACAGCAGGUGGUCAAAGAAGAGGGGGGAGCCAAGGAGGGGGAAGAAUGGAUAUUCCUCUCCUCCAAAGAUGCCAACCUCAUGAACAUGGAGGAGACGCGGGCGGUGUUUGAAAAAUAUCGUCCAACCCAUGUCAUUCACCUGGCUGCUAUGGUUGGGGGGCUUUUCAAGAACAUGAAAUACAACCUGGACUUUUGGAGAAACAAUGUCUACAUCAAUGAUAACGUGCUGCAGGCUGCACAUGAAGUUGGCGCGGUGAAGGUUGUUUCCUGCCUAUCCACCUGCAUCUUUCCUGAUGAGACCACCUACCCUAUCGAUGAGACCAUGAUCCAUAACGGUCCACCACAUCAGUCGAACUUCGGCUAUUCCUAUGCAAAGAGAAUGAUUGAUGUUCAUAACAGGGCGUACUUCCAGCAGUAUGGGUCUUGCUAUACGGCUGUCAUCCCAACUAAUGUGUUUGGUCCCCAUGAUAAUUUCAGCAUUGAGGACGGCCAUGUGCUGCCAGGCCUCAUACACAAAGCUUACAUUGCUCAAAAGGAGGGGAAGCCCCUGGUGGUCUGGGGCUCCGGCACUCCCAGAAGACAGUUCAUCUACUCUUUGGACCUGGCUCGUCUCUUCCUCUGGGUCCUGAGAGAGUAUCCUGAGGUCGAUCCAAUCGUUCUCUCCGUUGGAGAGGAAGAGGAAGUGUCCAUCAAAGAAGCAGCAGUAGCAGUUGUGGAAGCGCUGGACUUUAAAGGAGAAGUGGUGUUUGAUACCAAUAAAGCAGACGGCCAGUUCAAAAAGACGGCUAGCAAUGCAAAGCUGCUCCGCUACCUGCCGGACUUCACCUUCACACCCUUCAAACAAGCUUUGAAGGACACCUGUGAUUGGUUUGUCUCCAACUAUGACUCAGCCCGGAAGUGAAAACUCUGCCAAACAAAUUUGUGCAAAGUCUGGCAAUCCAUGACCUGCUGUUUGAGCUGAAAGAAAACAAUGGCGUUCCUGUGUAAAGUUUGUCUGUCACUGGACUAACAUCAUACUGUGUGUGUGUGGACUUUUAAUGUUAACUCUUUAGCUAUACGAAGCAAUCUAUUGUCUACCUGUAUGUAGAACUUGUUAUCCUUGUUAAUUAUCAUUUUUAAUUGAAGGCUUCAAUCUCUGAAAUCAGGUGCUGGCACAAUUUAUGUAAUUAUAUCCCUGAAUUACCUUCAUUCUUUCAGGGUUUGGACGCCUUGCUUCACUUUAUUAAAUAAACAGAAAUACGUUUAUGGGAUGGCCAUUUAACUGGUGGCGUAGAUGUUUUUUUACACAUUAUAUUGGCACUUAGCAAUUAAAUGUUUUAUACCAAUGUC